GAACCUCACAUAGUCUCGGACAAAGAUGCAACUAAACGUGCUGCCCGUGCUCCACUGAUAACCCCGCGAAUUACCUGAAGAAAGAGGACAAGAAGUGGUCAACAGGUGGUUAUUUGCGGGCACUUUGCACUGUUGCGCACAGAUCCCACAGCGCACCGCCACAAUGCUACUGCCGUCCGGCACUCUCUUACUGCUGACGGCUCUCUACUCAAGUGUAGACCUGACAGGGGCUGAGGGCUGUGGGACAUCAUGUGGAAAAUGUGACUGCACAGGUGUGAAAGGAGCAAAGGGUGAGCGGGGAUUUCCUGGUCUCCAAGGUAACAUGGGAUUCCCAGGGAUGCAGGGACAUGAGGGGCCUCCAGGGCCAAUAGGCCCCAAGGGAGAUGUGGGCGAUCCUGGGGCUCCUGGACUUAAAGGAGUGAGAGGUCUUACUGGUCCAGCAGGUUUCCCAGGAAACCCAGGACUACCAGGCAUCAAUGGAAACGAUGGCCCACCAGGUUCACCGGGUAUCCCAGGAUGCAACGGAACAAAAGGAGAAAGAGGAAGGGACGGGGCUCCUGGUUUUUCUGGUCCUCAAGGUCCUCCUGGCGUCCCAGGACUUCCUGGAUUGAAGGGUGAACCUGGUGAUGUGAAUGGCUUUGUUCCCCUGAAAGGAGAAAAAGGAUUCCCUGGCACACCUGGAUUACCUGGACCAGUUGGACCUACUGGAACUAAAGGAUAUCAAGGAGUUCCUGGCUAUCAAGGGGCCAAAGGAGAUCCUGGCCCCCCUGGGCCUCGUGGACAUGAGGGUGACAAGCCAUCUUUUGAGGGUAUGAAAGGCGAAAAGGGUGAUCGAGGAUUCACUGGCCCCCCCGGCCCCCCGGGAGAAUACCAGGAAGUGGGCGGAGUAAAUACAAUACAUAUACCUGGACCACCAGGAGCCAGAGGACCAACAGGAGAGAAAGGAGAAAAAGGGUAUUGCAACCCACAUAUCAAUGGUUUGAAAGGUGAACCUGGCCCCCAUGGUCCAUCUGGUAAACCUGGCAAGGAUGGAGAGGAUGGUCCAAAGGGAGAAAAAGGUUUUCCUGGAGCUUCUGGAUACCCUGGUUCUCAAGGUGAAAAGGGAGAAAGAGGACCACCAGGUCACGGCACUGGUCCUCCUGGUCCUCCUGGUCCUCCUGGUUACCCAGGGUUACAAGGAGAAAAAGGAUUUCCUGGUCCUCAGGGUGAACCAGGUCCACCAGGCCGGUACAUUGAAGGACCUCGUGGUGAGAAGGGUCAGAAGGGAGAAAGGGGUGAGAAAGGAGACAGGGGUAUAGAAGGAGAGCAUAUUGUUGGACGUCCAGGAGAACCAGGGUUACCUGGACCCCCUGGGCCACCGGGACCCGAAGUUGAUCCACGUGAAUGUAAUAUCCAAAGAGGACCUCCUGGCCCACCUGGAGAUCCAGGGUUACAAGGGGAAUUGGGACAGAAAGGUAACAAAGGAGAUACCUGCAUUAAUUGCGAUGGUUCUUCCAUACCUGGAUUACCUGGACCCCAGGGGAUUAAAGGAGAGCGUGGGCCUCCUGGGCAAGUAGGCAGCAAAGGCGAAAAGGGUCAAACUGGUCCUCCUGGACAACCUGGGAGAUCUGGUGCCCAGGGCAAUCCUGGUUUGAUGGGAGCUCCUGGAGCUGUUGGUGAGCCUGGGGACAUUAUUGCAGCUCCUAAUCUAAAGGGUGACAAAGGUUUUCCUGGUUCUUCUGGUUCACCGGGGAAACCAGGACUUGAUGGACAGCCAGGGAGAGAUGGCCUUCCGGGUUUUCCUGGUCCCAAAGGCGAACCAGCCAAAGAGGGCAUUAAGGGUGAGCGUGGACCAAGUGGGGAUCCUGGUCAUACUGGACCCCCGGGUGAGCGAGGCCUCCCUGGUCUGCCAGGCCAUGGUCGACCAGGAGAGACUGGAGAGAAGGGCAGCCAAGGGAGACCUGGGACUCCUGGAGCUCCUGGACUACCAGGUGCAAAAGGUGAGCCAGGUGUAAGUAUGAGCGCUCCUGGGCCUCAGGGUGUACCUGGACUAAGAGGAGAACCCGGCAGGCCUGGACCUCAAGGGGACAGAGGCCAGCCGGGAGACGAAGGGUUGCGGGGUCUCCCCGGACUGAAGGGCGAACAUGGACUUCCUGGAAUUGGAUUUCCGGGCCCAACUGGUCCUAAAGGAAACAGUGGAAUUCCAGGAGCUCCGGGAUUUCCAGGAGAGCCAGGGAGACCAGGACACAGUGGUUCGCCCGGACAACCUGGUUCACCUGGACAAAAAGGUGAACCAGGACGAGGUCUUCCUGGCCCAAAAGGCUCACAAGGCCUCCCAGGAAGUACUGGCCUCCAAGGGGAGAAGGGUAGCAUUGGACUACCUGGGAUUCCUGGACAGGAAGGCAAGACAGGACUACCAGGACCUCAGGGAAUCAAAGGUGAAGUGGGACCCCCAGGGCCUCCUGGACAAGCUGGCAUACCAGGUGCUCCAGGAAAAGGCUUGCCUGGACCACAAGGCCCACAAGGACGACAAGGAGAGCCUGGACCACACGGUAGGGAAGGUGUAAAAGGAGAAAAAGGCUACCCUGGUGCUCCUGGUCUGGACAUGCCAGGGCCUCCUGGAGAAAAAGGAGCCCCUGGGUUCCCAGGAGCCCCGGGCUCUAAAGGACAACCAGGGCCUUCAGGCCUACCAGGCAGGGAUGGACCAUCUGGAAACCAAGGUCUAAAAGGUGAAAUGGGGGUCAUUGGGACACCAGGGCUCAAAGGAUUUCCUGGAGAAGCUGGUAAACCUGGAUCUCCUGGUCAGCAAGGUGACCCUGGUAUUACUGGGCUAAGAGGUAGUACUGGAGAACGUGGAUUUAAAGGAGAGCGGGGAGAACAAGGUCUUCAGGGACCUCCUGGGAACAUGACCGAUGUUGACAUGGCGCACAUAAAAGGGGAGAAGGGAGUCAAAGGAGACAUAGGUACCACUGGGAUGCCUGGAGCGACAGGUCACACUGGAAGUCCUGGAGAUCCUGGACGGGCAGGAAACCCUGGAUUGCCUGGAGCACCUGGACAACCAGGUGGGAAAGGACACCCUGGAGAUCGUGGAGUGCCUGGCAUUCAGGGGCCCACUGGAGAUAAGGGCAGUGUAGGAGAGAUGGGAAUACCAGGUGCGGUUGGUUCGAAGGGUACUAAAGGUGAUAUUGGUACACCGGGGCAUCCUGGAUUCAAAGGCACAGAUGGACCAAAAGGAGACAUAGGAGCACCUGGUGAACCAGGCAUUGGAUUUCCAGGACAUCCAGGAGAAAAGGGUCAGAAAGGCCAUCCAGGAUUCCCAGGUCAACCAGGAGAGAGGGGUCUGAAGGGUCAAGAGGGUAUGCCUGGCAAACCAGGGCUGCAAGGACCCAAAGGAGAUAAAGGAACUGUCGGGUAUCCAGGUCAGGAAGGGAGACCAGGUGAGAAGGGUAGCCCUGGGCUUCCUGGCUCUCCAGGAGAACCUGGUCGUGAAGGUCGCCCUGGUGAAGGAGGUUUCCAGGGACCUCCUGGUCCUCCUGGAGAGAAGGGAGACAGUGGAAUAGAUGGCAUCCCUGGAUCUACAGGAGAGAGAGGAGAACCAGGUUUACCUGGCCGAGGUUUCCCUGGAUCCCCUGGAGUGCUGGGUAGCAAAGGUGAUAAAGGUAGUCCUGGCUUCCCCGGCACUGCAGGUCAGCCAGGUGUCCCUGGUAUCAAAGGCGACAAGGGUCUCCCAGGCCCACAGGGAGUACCGGGUGAUCCAGGAGAGAGGGGACUCCCAGGUCUCUCUCUACCGGGCCCUAAGGGAGACAGGGGACAAGCAGGACAACCCGGAGAAACAGGAUCUCCAGGAGCACCAGGAAUCCCUGGUGUGCCAGGCAGAGAUGGUCAAAGAGGAGACAAAGGAGAUCAAGGUCUCCCUGGUUAUCAGGGAGAGACAGGACAAAAGGGUGACCCUGGAAGUCCUGGACAACCUGGGCAAACUGGCCUUCCAGGUAUUGAUGGACAUAAGGGAGAGAGGGGGCAACAGGGUGUCCAAGGCUUCCCAGGUGCAAAGGGUGGUGCUGGAGACACUGGAUUUAAAGGAGAGCUUGGAGACAGAGGAUUCCCAGGAGAAAAGGGUAAUGAAGGCCCUCCUGGUCCCCCUGGUCCCCACACUUACAUCAAAGGUGAUAUUGGGUUGCCAGGAAUUCAAGGCCCUCAAGGAAUUCAGGGACCACCUGGAUUUCCUGGACAGAAAGGACAGCAAGGUGUGACAGGUAUUCCAGGGCCUAAAGGUGAAGAUGGAUACCCUGGGUAUCAUGGUCAGCCUGGAGCCAAAGGAGAGCCUGGCCUGCCCGGGCCACAAGGACCAAGAGGACAUGCUGGCCCACCUGGACCUGAUGGUGUUCCAGGACGAGUCGGCCCACCUGGCCCCUCUUCCAUGGAUCACGGGUUCCUCGUAACCCGUCACAGUCAAAAUGUGGAGGUUCCACAGUGUCCUGAUGGAACCUCACUCAUUUAUGAUGGCUACUCCUUGCUCUACGUACAAGGAAAUGAACGCUCUCAUGGGCAGGACCUAGGCACGGCAGGCAGCUGUCUAAGGAAGUUCAGCCCCAUGCCUUUCCUGUUUUGCAACAUCAACAAUGUGUGUAACUUUGCAUCUCGUAAUGACUAUUCCUACUGGCUCACUUCUCCUGAGCCUAUGCCCAUGACCAUGGCACCUGUCACUGGUGAAAGCAUCAAACCCUUCAUCAGCAGGUGUGCUGUGUGUGAGGCCCCAGCCAUGGUGAUAGCAGUUCACAGUCAGACCAUCAUGAUCCCUCCAUGCCCUCACGGUUGGGACUCUCUGUGGAUUGGCUACUCCUUUGUCAUGCACACCAGCGCCGGUGCUGAGGGCUCAGGCCAGGCUCUAGCCUCUCCUGGUUCUUGCUUGGAGGAAUUCCGUAGCGCUCCAUUCAUCGAGUGCCACGGUCGUGGAACCUGCAACUAUUAUGCCAACUCCUACAGCUUCUGGCUUGCCACCAUCGAAGACAAUGAGAUGUUUAAGAAACCUGUUCCAACAACGCUAAAAGCAGGCAAUCUCCGAACACACAUAAGCCGCUGUCAGGUGUGCAUGAAGAGGACAUAAACCACAACACCGGGGUUCUCCUUCCUAAUAUGCAAGGAAACUGCAUGCUCUGAUGUCCUCGACAUUGCUUUACUUCCUGUUUCCAAAGGAUGGUGCUACUUCCCUGCAUGUGUGAGAGGACAGAACA